AUGGAUGAUGCUCAACCACACCCUGCUACACGGACGAUGCAAGACGUCCUGGUCACCAAGCGCCGCGCUUAUCAGUUGAAGACUGUUAUUUUCAUCAUAGGGAUGUCUUGGGGCUCACUUGCAUAUGGGUCCGUGUCACUACACCAAUCUUCAUUUACACCGUUGAAGAUCUGCCGCGACAAUGUUCCGUUGGAAAUUCUAUAUUUACACUUCGCAGGUAUAACAUUGGGCCAACCAUCUUUCCUGCAGUACAUGGGUCUUCUUACACGGUCGAAUGCAUCCGCACUUAUCAGCGCCAUAACGUGCUUAUUUUAUGUCGGUGGCACUUUUGGUUCCCUUGCGGCGGCACCGUUGGCUGACCGUUGGGGGCGUAAAGUUGCCGUGCUCGUCGGUUCAGUUAUCACUCUAUUUGCAACAGCCCUGCAAGCUGGUGCGAUCAACCCUGCCAUGUUUAUUGCUUCAAGGUUCAUUGGCGGAUUUGGGUCAACAAUUAUCUUCGCCGCCGUGCCUGUGUGGAUCACUGAGGUCGUGCCGCCGAAAGACAGGGGGAUGCUCAUCGACAUCCAUCCAAUCCUGAUUAAUGUCGGCUACUGCAUCUCAUCCUGGAUUGGCGUCGGAUUUUAUUUCUACGACGCUAAAAAUGCACAGUGGCGAGCUCCUAUCGCGAUAGGAUGCCUUUUCCCCAUCCUCUCACUUGUCUGCGUGCCAUUUGUUCCAGAGAGUCCCCGGUAUCUACUGAUGAAGGGCGAGGUGAAAAAGUCUUGGACUGUCAUCAAAGACUUGCAUUCUCGCCCAGAGGACGUGGACCACCAAUAUGCCACGGCAGAGUUUACGGAAAUCAAAGAGCAAAUUAGGAUUGACCGGACACUAAAAACAUCCUAUUGGCAGAUGUUGAAGCGCCCUUCGUACCGCAAGAGGGUGUUUAUCGGAUGUGGUUUGAUCUGGCUCCUAGAGACAUCUGGAACGUUGGUGAUAAACAUCUACGGUACCGUCCUCUAUCGUAGCCUGGGAUAUGGGGACUUGCAAGUGCUCUAUUUCCAGGCCGGUUGGGUCACCAUCGGCUUCACAAUGAACACAUUGGCAAUUCUAGUUGUUGAACGUAUGCCUCGACCAACCCUGAUGUUUAUCGGUUUCCUUGGAUGUCUGGGCAGCCUAAUAGGGGAAACCGCUAUUCAGGCUCGCUAUCUCGGCACCACCAAUAAGUCGGCGUUGGCUGGCGGAGUUGCCAUGCUCUAUACGUUCGUGCUCUUCUUCGCCUUCUUCCUCGACGGCUCGACCUUCUUCUACAUUGGCGAGAUCUUCCCGAAUCACCUGCGAGCACAGGGGAUGACUUUGGCAAUGUUGACCUUGAAUCUCAGCAAUGUUUUGUGGCAAAGCGCAGCACCGACGGCGUUGGAAAACAUUGGCUGGAAGUUUUACCUCAUCUUCAUCAUCUCAACCACUUUCGCCUGUGUGAUUGUCCCUCUGACCUUCCCAGACACGAGGAACAAACCUCUGGAAGAGAUCGGCCCGCUGUUUGGGGACGAAGCCGAGGAAAUCGCUGAGAUUAGAGGUACUGAUCUUGUCGACGAACAAGGAGCAACGAAGCGCCCUGGGGAAGAAUACGAGUUGGCCGCUGAGUCUUGA